GCUCUGGUUAAUGUUUACCUAUGGAAUACGAACUAUUUAAAUAAUUGUCAGUGCCCUGGUCACAGUUUUUGCUUUCAGUGGCAGAGCACAGUGUAUUUGACGUGGUUUGACAGUUUUUCUGAAGACGUAGCAACAACUUUUACAUCAAGGUCAAGUUCUCAGGAAAGCUUCUUCUGCAGUGCUCAUUUUUGUCUCAGCUUGUUGAAAAUGGCGGGUGUAAGCAGCUGCAUGAAGUACUCGAUGUUCAUCUUCAACUUCUUAUUUUGGGUGUGUGGUUCCAUUAUUUUGGGAGUCUCUAUAUGGAUACGUGUUAGCAAAGAUGCUCAGCAGGAGCUGGAGAUAGACAGCAGCGUGUUUGCAGGGGUUGAUCUGCUGAUAGCCGUGGGCUCCAUCAUUAUGAUCCUUGGGUUUCUGGGAUGCUGUGGUGCCAUAAAGGAGAGCCGGUGCAUGCUGCUUUUGUUUUUUAUUGGACUGCUUCUGAUCCUGAUCCUUCAGGUCACAGGAGGUAUUUUAGUAGCAGUGUACCGAUCUCAGAUUGAAACAUACCUUGAGAAGAGUCUCCAGGAGAGUGUGAAUUCAUUGCGAAGUUCUACAGAAGAAUCUAAAGUGUUUCAAGAGAAGCUCCAGCAGUUUCAGACAAUGAACCAGUGCUGUGGUUUGCUGAAUGGACCUUCAGAUUGGGGAAAAAAUAUUGGUAACAAAAUCUGUGAGUGUGAACUAAAGAGCUCAUCAGAUCUCUGCACCUACUAUCAAGGCAGAUACGUUUAUAAAACCCCUUGUGGAGAUGUGAUUAUCGAAUACCUUAAAGACCAUCUGCUCAUAAUUAUGGGGAUCGCCUUUGGACUGGCUGUUAUUGAGAUUCUCGGUUUGGGGUUUUCUAUGAGCCUCUACUGCCAGAUUCGGAGAAAAUGAAACUGUGGAAGUGUCAGAGCCAUGUCACCAGCCAAAUCAAAAUCUUUGUAGAUGAUAGAAGGAUAUUUGACUUGGCACAUUCAGAGAAAUAUAUGCAUGUCCCAGGCAGCUGUUUGGAGGAAAACGGCAGCACAUAGAUGCUUCACAGUUUGCAAAAUGACCUCCUUAUACUUCGUAAGAUUUAAUGAUGUGAACGUGAAUUUUUAUUUGGAAUAAACAUCUUUGUUUAUGUUU